GGCUUUAACUCGCUCCCGUCCCCGCGGCUUGUCCCGCCGUCUCAAACUUUCAGCCUGUCCCCGCUGCCGGGCAGAGCCCGGCUCCACAUCCAUGGUGGAGGCGAUAGUGGAAUUUGACUACAAGGCUCAACAUGAUGAUGAGCUGACAAUCACAAUAGGUGACAUAAUCACCAAUAUCAAGAAAGAGACUGGAGGCUGGUGGGAAGGACAGCUCAAAGGCAGAAGAGGUUUGUUCCCUGACAACUUUGUAAGAGAAAUAAAGAAGGACAUGAAGAAAGAAAGUAUUGCCAACAAACCACCAGAGAAGCCUAUAGAUGAAGUUUCCAAUGGAAGCCCUUUACUGUUUUCUGAGACCAUUAGAACCACCAGAAAAGGGGAGAGAAAUAGGAGGAGAAGAUGUCAGGUGGCUUUCAGUUACAUGCCUCAGAAUGAAGAUGAGCUGGAGUUAAAAGUUGGUGACAUCAUUGAAGUGAUGGGAGAAGUGGAGGAGGGCUGGUGGGAAGGAAUUCUGCAUGGAAAGACUGGCAUGUUUCCUUCCAACUUCAUAAAGGAACUUUCUGUUGAUUCUGAUGAUGUGGAAAUUGCACGGGAGGAACAACUAAUAAAGCCAAGAAAGUCUGCCUUUCAUGGGACAGUUCUAUACAGAGUGGCACAAGCAAAGAUUGACAGCUACAGACGCUAUAACAGUUUAAGAGAUGCUACAGGCUCUGAGAGUGAUGGUGGUGACUCAAGCAGCACAAAAUCAGAAGGAGCCAAUGGAGCAGCAGCAAUCCAACCCAAAAAGGUCAAGGGGAUUGGUUUUGGAGAUAUCUUCAAAGACAAACCAAUAAAGCUACGACCAAGGUCAAUAGAAGUAGAAAAUGACUUUCCACCAGUAGAAAAGACUGUUGGGAAGAAAUUACCUCCAGCUACAGCAGCUCAAGAGCCAACGAAAAUAGAAAUGGACAGCAGAACCAAGAUCAAGGAGUAUUGCAAAGUAAUAUUUCCGUAUGAAGCACAGAAUGAAGAUGAACUAACAAUCAAAGAAGGUGAUAUCGUCAUACUUAUCAAUAAGGAUUGCAUUGAUGCAGGCUGGUGGGAAGGAGAACUCAAUGGCAGGCGUGGAGUGUUUCCAGAUAACUUUGUCAAGCUUCUUCCCUCUGAUUUUGAAAAAGAGAGACCUAAGAAACCACCACCUCCAUCAGCUCCUGUCAUCAAACAAGGGUCAGGUACCACAGACAGAAAACAUGAAAUCAAAAAGGUACCUCCUGAAAGGCCAGAAUGUCUUCCUAAUCGAACAGAGGAGAAAGAAAGACCAGAAAGAGAGCAAAAACUGGUAGAUUUGCACAAGCCUUCAGUCCCUGCUAUACCUCCGAAGAAACCUCGACCACCAAAAACGAACUCUCUGAAUAGACCUGGUACAUUGCCCCCAAGACGACCAGAAAGACCAGCUGUGCCUCUGACGCAUACAAGGAAUGAUAGUACAAAAGUAGAGUUAGUGGGCAGUACGGUAUCCGGAACCUUGGAGAAGGACUCCUCAGAAAGAAGCAGUGACGUUGAUCUGGAAGGUUUUGACUCUGUAGUACCAGUCGCUGAGAAGCUCAGUCAUCCAACUACAACCAGACCAAAAGCUACUGGCAGACGACCUCCAUCCCAGUCACUCACAUCUUCCUCCCUUUCAAGUCCUGAUUUCUUUGACUCACCAAGCCCUGAAGAGGAAAAGGAAGAACAUGUGUCCAUUAUACAUAAAGCAACUGAAGUGUCAAAGAAAACAAAGACUGUUACAAUAUCACAAGUGUCUGAUAAUAAAACUUCAUUGCCUCCAAAACCAGGGGGUUUGACUAGUGGGAGUAAUAUACAAGCAUCAUUAUCCUCCUCAUCCUCACCUGCACUUCAUUCAGUUACUGUGGGAACAACAGGCCAUAGGUCAAAUUCCCCAUCUUUGUUCAGUACUGAAGGAAAGCCAAAGACUGAGCUCUCAAGCCAGGGUCCAGCAGCCUUGGAGGAGCUGAGGACACAAGUUAAGGAGCUAAGAACUAUCGUUGAGACAAUGAAAGACCAGCAAAAAAAAGAGAUUAAACAAUUGUUGUCUGAAUUGGAUGAAGAAAAAAAGAUCCGUCUACGAUUACAGAUGGAAGUGAACGACAUAAAGAAAACUCUUCAAUCAAAAUGAAUACUUGAUAGGUGGAAUGUUACAUUAUUCAUCAUGACUGAGACUCAAAUUUAUGCCCCAGCCAAAAUAACUUUGUGCCAAAUGAUUUAAGAAUUGCCUCAAUAUCCCUUUGUUUGAAGGAUUAGCACAAGAGUUUUUGAUAGCACAACACAAAUUCCAAUGAAGAGGAAAAAAUUCCACAGGAUGCAGUUGCUGUAUGGCACUGGUUGUGACUGAAAUUGAUCUUAUUGUGCUAAAGUCUCUACUUCAAGAUCACAAAUGAAAUGCAAACUCAGGCAGUUUAGUCCAUAGUGGUACUAUUUUGAUGAUAUUUUUCCAUAAAUAAAAUGUAUUUCAGAUUAUCCGUUUACAAGCUUUAUGAUUUUGACUUUUUUUUAAUUGUCUUUUGUCACAGAUUCCUAAAAUAUUUGUACUGCAUAUAGCCAAGAAUGAAUGUUGAUGUUUGGGAGGCAGGGGUAUUAUUUUGCUUCAGGUAGAACAGCCUACUUCUUGUGUUAUGUUUUAAAUUCUAUUACAUAUGCAAUUUUAUGUCCAAAAAUAAUCUACAAGAUAAAUGUAAGUUUGUGUAGAAUGGCUUAUUUAAAAAAAAAAAAAAUCUUGUCUUUACAAUGAUUUGUGCCUUCUUUUUGCCACCCACUGAUUGGAACUGGUUGCAAACCAGAUCUAAAUAAUGUAGCUGCCAUGAUGACACCGGUCACUUAGGUCCACUAGAGGUCACUCUUCUAAUGUAUAGCUGCUCAGUCAACGUAGCCAGAUGUGUGCUAAAACAGCAUAAGGUUGGGAGCGAGCAGCUUUGUCUUACCAGCUGUGGUUUUUUAGCUUUCCUGUUUAAUAGGACUCUCGUUCAGCUAGAAAAUUCACCUCUGCUUGAUUUUCAUUAGAAAAGUUAAACACCUGCCUCCGUCCCCAUUUUUGCACACUUUGAGUGAACAGAAUAUGCAUUACUAAAGCAAAAAUAAAUAAAAUUAACUAAA